GCGGGGGAGCGUGGGGGAGGGGGACAUUGUUCCCCCCUCCGCGCCGUUAAAAUGAAACUCUAGUGGCUGGAGUCCGGGCAGAGCGUGAGGGGAGCGGGCUCCGGCGGGCUCGCUUACUGCCGGGCGAGAGCGCCUAGCGGAGCAGAGCCGCCUGGACUCUCCGACGGGCCCCACUCCGGAGGCUGCAGCACCUUUCGGUUCCGAGCCCGACAGGAGCCGAGCCCAAGUCCUGGCCCCUGAGGGGAUCGCUCUCUGCAGACUAGUGGGACCCCGAAACUUGAACGCAAUACCCAGCCCCCCUUUUAUGCCCGCCUUUGUCACUUCACCUUUCUCCCAAAGCCUUUUUUUUUUUCUUCUUUUUUUUCCCCAUUCUCCCUCACGCGAAGGACACAAAAGUGGCUUCCGCGUAAAGCUCUGGAGGCAGUGGGAGCUCUUCUCUUUGGAAAACGACUGUGUAGAAGGGAUUUUUUGGGACGCCUCGUUUAAACACCUCUGCCCUUCUACCCCCAAGCCUCCCUUUACCUCUCUGAGGAGGAAGACCCAUAAACUAAAAGUUCGGGGGGUGCAUUUUGCUUUUGCUGGGUGCUGUAGGAAGAGAGGAAGGACCCGGUCCUCGUCUACUAGUUGGCUGGACUAGUACCGGCCUUUGGAAAUCCCGAAGUACAUUUCCUUGUGGGACUUUUACAGAUAUACAUUUUUAGAUUUUUAAGUAUUAGAUAAAAAAAUAUAUAUGUGUAUAUAUAUAUGCUUUCUAUAUAUCUCCUGACGACCUGCCCCUGACAGCGAGAUGUACAAUACGGUGUGGAGUAUGGACCGCGAUGACGCAGACUGGAGGGAGGUGAUGAUGCCCUAUUCGACAGAACUGAUAUUUUAUAUUGAAAUGGAUCCUCCAGCUCUUCCACCAAAGCCACCUAAGCCAAUGACUCCAGCCAUUACUAAUGGAAUAAAGGACAGUUCUGUUUCUCUUCAGGAUGCAGAAUGGUACUGGGGGGAUAUUUCAAGGGAGGAGGUAAAUGACAAGUUACGGGACAUGCCAGAUGGUACCUUCCUGGUCAGAGAUGCCUCAACAAAAAUGCAAGGAGAUUAUACUUUGACACUACGGAAAGGAGGCAAUAAUAAGUUAAUAAAGAUCUAUCAUCGAGAUGGAAAAUAUGGCUUUUCUGAUCCUCUGACAUUUAAUUCUGUGGUCGAGCUCAUUAACCACUAUCAUCAUGAAUCACUUGCUCAGUACAAUCCCAAACUUGAUGUGAAAUUGAUGUACCCUGUAUCCAGAUACCAACAGGAUCAGUUGGUAAAAGAAGAUAACAUUGAUGCAGUAGGCAAAAAACUGCAAGAGUACCACUCUCAGUAUCAAGAAAAGAGCAAAGAGUAUGACAGGCUAUAUGAAGAAUACACCAGAACAUCCCAGGAAAUACAGAUGAAAAGAACUGCAAUUGAAGCUUUUAAUGAAACAAUUAAAAUAUUUGAAGAGCAGUGUCACACACAAGAACAACAUAGCAAAGAAUAUAUUGAGCGAUUUCGCAGAGAAGGGAAUGAAAAAGAAAUUGAACGAAUUAUGAUGAAUUAUGACAAACUGAAGUCACGUCUGGGUGAGAUUCAUGACAGCAAAAUGCGUCUAGAGCAGGAUUUGAAGAAACAAGCAUUGGAUAAUCGGGAAAUAGAUAAAAAAAUGAAUAGUAUCAAACCUGACCUAAUCCAACUGCGCAAAAUCCGAGAUCAGCACCUUGUAUGGCUCAAUCACAAAGGAGUAAGACAGAAGCGCCUAAAUGCCUGGCUAGGAAUCAAGAACGAGGAUGCUGAUGAGACCUAUUUCAUCAGUGAGGAAGAUGAAAACCUGCCCCAUUAUGAUGAAAAAACUUGGUUUGUGGAGGAUAUCAACCGAGUACAAGCAGAGGACUUGCUUUAUGGGAAACCUGAUGGUGCAUUUUUAAUUCGGGAAAGUAGCAAGAAAGGAUGCUAUGCUUGCUCUGUUGUAGCUGAUGGGGAAGUGAAGCACUGUGUGAUCUACAGCACUGCUCGGGGAUAUGGCUUUGCAGAGCCCUACAACCUGUACAGCUCACUGAAGGAGCUGGUGCUCCAUUACCAGCAGACCUCUCUCGUUCAGCACAAUGACUCCCUCAAUGUCAGGCUUGCCUAUCCUGUUCAUGCACAGAUGCCCUCACUCUGCAGAUAAAGGGGGAAUGGGAAGAGAGGUGGCUCUCUAGCAUUUUUUCUACAGUUUUUAUUAGACAAUGAGGGCAUUCUUUCUACGUAGACUGCUUGUUUUGCACAAGAAGUGAUUCUGUGAAUGUGAAGUGGAGAGGCCGAGCAGCAGCUGGCCAGGAUGGGGGCAUAAAGGGCCUGAGGUUCUCUGGGACUCAGCUGUGCUGCUGCACUGACAUACGAAGCUGGAAGCAGAUGUUGUUUGUGAAGUGUUUCAUUGGGGGCUUGUUUUGAUUAACCAGGCAUCCCCAACAGAUCUCAUUAGGUUUGAUGGGGGUGGUGGAUUGUACCUGGAAGCCUCUGAAGAAUGUCUUUUUGAGAAUGAGGCAGGAGGAUGACUCUGCCAGUUCUCUUUUGAUCUGGCUAGUCUUUCUUCCUCCCCAAAAGACAAGUGUCUUGGUUCUGUGGUAGAAAGCAUUUGGUGAAAAAAGACAACCAAAGGAAAAUUGGGAGCCUUGAAAUUUCAUUUAAAGAAUCUUAGUCAAGGGGUAAAACUCGUUCAGUUAGGUACUUUCUUAACCAGGCUAAUUUAAGUGCCAGCAUCUCAGUAGCUCCUCCCUCUAAAAAAAGAGUCGUGUUUAGAAACCAAAUUGACCCCAGCAAAACAGCAUUUGUUGCUGAACUAAGGCAGCACUGGUAUCUGAAUGCACACUUCCAUACCAAAACUUGAAACUCAAACGAAAACUAGUUGUAACAAACACAAAUAUUGGUCAGUGUAACUCUUGCCCUUGUUUCUCAGAAAUGAGAAAUAGUGUUGUUUUGUUUUGUUUUGUGGGCAUGGUGAGCUUUGAAUCAUAAAAUGAAGUUGGUGCUUGUGUGGUGUUUCCUUAGCCUACAGGAGCUGUUGUUUGAAACUUUUGUAACUUGUUUGUAUGAGUAAAGAAAAGGUGCAAUUCAGUGCUUUUAGAUGGCUUGAUAUACCAAAUAUUGAUAUAGAACAACAUUCUUAUAUGUGCUUCCUCAAAUUUAAAGACCCUGCAGAAGCAGUAAACAUGGUUUAAUUUCCCUUCAUCUCCCUGUCCUUUGCUGGUAGGGCUCAGGGAGCCGUAGGUGACUAAGGCUGUAGCAGGAAUGGAGCCAGAUAGUGGUCAGGACCUCAGCACAUCACAAACCCAGUGGUUCUGGUGUCCAGCGCUAGGGUCACACACAUUACCCAUGUGCUUCCAUAUAGUGUUUUCUGAAACUUGCAAGGCCAAUAACUAAUAACUUGGGAGUUUAGACUGUCAGGAGAAGCCAUCUGGAAGCUUUUAUCUUUGCCUUUGUUUUGUGAUCCUGUCAUUAAGAUGUGUGCACAAACUGUCCUUAAGCUUCAGUGGCCCUGAUUUUAGGUCAGGAAUCUUCUGCUCCAUGUGGUUUAAAUCUUCUGAGUGAAGCUAGGUGAAUAGGGUUGGAGACAGGCAUCUGCUCCUUCUCCAUUGUGCCCAACCCCCAGUUAACACUCAUUUGGACAAAUGAGUCCAGCUGCCUCUUGAACCAAUCCUGGAACCAUAAUAGACUGAGUGAGUCAGCUGUUUGAACCCAAAGCUGUGCAGUGAGGCAUCCUCGCUGACCUGGAGAAGCCUCUUUCAGGGUCUUUGUGCAUAAGGCUUAUAGCUAAGAAAGUUCUAGUUUUGUGAAUAAGAGUUUUUCCCUGAGCACUUAUCUUGGGACAGGGAGUAGAAUGGGCAAUGAUAUAGUAAUAGAUUAAAGAAUUUGGGAAAAAGUUACUAGCAAUCAGGAUAGGAGAUAAAGUGUGUAUCUUGUUUUUCCUUGGUGAUGUUGCAUUUUCAGGAUUGGGUGAGACAAAUGAUUCCCCUCCAAUGUCACUAUUUUGAUGUUAAGCCCUUAACAGUCAGCUGCACAUCUUCUCUCCAUAUUGCCAGAUAUAAAUCUGAUGAAAGAUUUACCGAGUAAUCCAGUUUACUGCUGGACACAGCUAGAUGGCUUUCACCUGUGUCAAACCUGCUUAAAUAGUUGGAUGCUGAAGAUUGGGUACAAGGAAAUCUCCUGAUUCUAAAAUUCAGUAUGUUCUGGAGGUUUCUUUAAAUAAGCCCAAAAUGGAAAUAAGGAUUCAUGCCUGUAACACUGAACCGUGUGCUGCCCCUUGUCAAGCAGACAUUGAGGGUGUACAGGGAGAGAGCUAGCGCCACCUCUUACCUACACAGGUUUGUGAAGGGCUGACCUUUUUUCUUAGUCCUACAUUCCUUCACACGUGAUUUCAAACUUUUGUUUUUGUUGUUUUGUGGGAACUAAGAUCUAGGGAUCAUUUGAGAAGUUGGAAAGUGGCUGGAAGGGGUUGCCAUUAUCUUGGCAAAAAGUUUUGGCCUCCUUCUGAGUCUGGCUGUGUGUCCUGUCCCAUGAUCUGGGCCUUGGGCUGCUUGCAGCAUCCUAAUGUAUACUUACUAAGGCAGACGCUAAAGAGGCACAGACUAGGAUCAGACUCAUUCAUUGUCCCAGCUGGGGAAGCCAGCCAAUAUGGAAGCAGCUUGGGGUCCACUGGGCGUAGGUUUUAGGCCCAUCUUUCCUAGGUGGAGCUUUUAUCAUGGAACAGUGCUGUCUCUACCUGGCCAUUAAUGCUAAACCUUGGCCAUGGCUGAGUCUUUUAUAGGCCAGCUGUGUCCUUAAAACAAAUUUGGCAGAGGUUGAGAACUUCUAAGUACCUCCCCUUUUUCCUAGUCUUGCUAGACUUACUUUGGAUCUCAUGUGGCCUGAAGCAGCUUUGAGUGCCACUGUGGUUAUCUUCCAUGUGUCUCCUCUUGCUACAAGGAACCAGCUGCAUGAGUCUUGGGCCAAGAAUUGCCAUCUGGGUAAUUCCUGGUUUUCAGGAUGGUCUCUG